CUUUCCACCUUGAGUAAAUUUACUUUUGAUGUAGUAGAUUCUAGGCAGCAUAGAUUCUAGGCUGAUAGUAGACUCUAACUGCGCUAAAAAGCGUGGUCCUCUUUGGAAAAGCAUCAUGACCAGCGCCCUGCUAAAACACGAGUCAAACUUGGGAGUUGUAUUUCAAAGAUUGAAUAAGUCCAGAGCCCAGAAGGGUUUCAAGACGGAUGCCACAUGAGCUGGUUUAUUAUUCUCAAACAUCAAUGAAUUCAAAAUGUAUAAAUGUUAGCUGAUCAGCUUACAGGGAAGGACACGUUGUCACUUGCUAUUUUCAAAAUAGAAUAAGUGCGCUUGUCUCGCAUUUCGUUUUGUGCUCGGAUCAUUUUGCGCUGGUGUUCGUUCAGUGUCCUUAACCUGGCCAACCACUUGAGCUUUGAGUCUAGGGAGGACGGUGCUGGAGGAGAUGUCCCUCUCCAAAACUGUGAAUCUUUGUCAGCAGUACACAUUUUAAACCCUCUGUGUCAAUGAAGACUGCGAUGCCUUUGGAGACCGUAGCACGCAGCGCGGCGCCACCUCUAAGAAUCUGGGUGUGGACGGCCCUGGCUCCUCCCACAUGUCCAGUCACAGCGGGGAGCUGAAGAUCCUGAGCGUCUACGGUAAAGGGGAGGGCCCACUGGCGGUGGACGGCCAUGACACCCUCUUCACCGCGUCAGAAGUGGAGGCCCUGAACUCGCUGUCUGCGGACCACAGCGUGGCCAAGAGCCUGGAGCGCGGUGAGCGGCUGGUCUGCCGCGAGGAGCUGAGUGUGCAGCAGACCCCAGACACCAUUUCAAUCAAGGUUGAAGAGGAUGUUGAUGGAGGCAUGCACGCUGGAGAAGACGUCAAUGACAUCAGAGACUGCAGCACGCAGCGCGGCGCCACCUCGGAGAGUCUGCGUGUGGACGCCCCUGGCUCCUCCCACAUGGCCAGUCACAACGGGGAGCUGCGGAUCCUGAGCGUUUACGGACAAGGGGAGGGCCCACUGGCGAUGGGCGGCCAUGACACUCUCAUCGCCGCGUCAGAACUGGAGGCCUUGAGCUCGCUGUCGGCGGACCGCAGCGUGGCCGAGAGCCUGGAGUGCGGCGCGCGGCUGGUCCGCCUUGAGGAGCUGACUGGGCAUCGGGGCGGCCGCGAGGGCCGGCACGGUGUCUUGUGUGGCAAGGUUUUUCCCAACAAUGCCAAUAUGAUCGUCCACAUGAGAACCCGACCCGACGAUAAGCCGUACGGGUGCGACCAAUGCACGAAGAGCUUCAGACUGCAACGCGACCUGAAGAUCCACAUGCUGACUCACACCGGGGAGCAGACCUACAGUUGUGACCAAUGCACGAAGAGCUUCAGUCAGACAUCGUACCUGAAUCGCCACAUGAGGACUCACACCGGGGAAAAGCCCUACAAGUGUGACCAAUGCACGAAGAGCUUCGGACAGAAAGGCACCCUGAAGAUCCACAUGAGGACUCACAUCGGCGAGAAGCCCUACAAGUGUGACCAAUGCACGAAGAGCUUCAGACUACAAUGCGACCUGAAGAUUCACACGCUUACUCACACUGGCGAGAAGCCCUACAGCUGUGAACAAUGCACGAAGAGCUUCAGUCAGGCAUCCUAUCUGAAUCGCCACAUGAGGACUCACACCGGGGAAAAGCCCUACAAGUGUGACCAAUGCACGAAGAGCUUCGGACAGAAAGGCACCCUGAAUCUUCACAUGAGGACGCACACCGGCGAGAAGCCCUACCAGUGUGACCAAUGCACAAAGAACUUCAGACAGCAUUGCUCCCUCAAGAUACACAUGAGGACUCACACCGGGGAAAAGCCCUACAAGUGUGACCAAUGUGCAAAGCGCUUCAGUCGCAAAGGCGACCUGAAGAUUCACAGGAGUUCUCACACCGCAGAGAUGCCCUACAGGUGUGACCAAUGCACGAUGCGCUUCAGUCUGACAGGCACCCUGAAGCUCCACAUGAGGACUCACACCGGGGAGAUGCCCUACAAAUGUGACCAAUGCACUAAUUGCUUCAGUCAGAAAAGCUACCUGAAGAGCCACAUGUGGACUCACUCCGGGGAGAAGCCCUACAAGUGUGACCAUUGCACGAAGCGCUUCAGCCGGAAAGGCAACCUGAAGAUCCACAUGAGGACUCACUCCGGCGAGAAGCCCUACAGGUGUGACCAAUGCACUAUGCGCUUUAAUCAGAGCUGCAAACUGAAAAUCCACAUGAGGAAUCACACCGGGGAGAAGCCCUACGUGUGUCUGCAGUGCAACGCCAGCUACAGCAACCAAAGAGAUUUGAGUGUGCACAUGCUCAAGCACACGGGGUAACGGGACGCUUUGAUUGAGACCUGAGUCCUGCAUUUGUUGAAAUGUGCUCCUUUCUUUUUGCAUCAUGAUUAAACGCUUUCCAACCUUUAGAAAGGUGGAAGAAUAACUUCUUUCUACGACACUUCUGACUGCAAAAUAAAUGAUUUACUCUUAGAGCUUGAUCAUAGGAGGAUACAGGCAGCAAAGUUACCAAGCAUUCGCUCAAUUGCAAAUGCAAACUAUCUUAACACCUUUCAAUUCGCUCCGUGCACAAUAUGGCGACCGUUGACAUUCUAACUUGUUUGUGUGGUCCAGUACUUCCGGUCCACACUUCCGGUGAUCAGACAGCGACACCGAAACAGAGCUUGUUUGCUUAUUAAAGAGUUGGUUUUUCCAGAGAUCAUUUUUUCAUUCCAAUUUUCAUUCCCCGUUGACGCUUCGGUACGGGCUGAGUGGAAGCAGAGAAUCCGUGGAAUGGGUACAAAAUACCUGCACCCAGAACGAGUGUCUGGGAACGACGUCCGCGGGCCGAGAGUCCCGCGAUAUUCAAAUGACAUUUCAAUCCGCAAAACGUUUUGCAAAAUCUUUUGCAAAGCGUUCGUUUUGCGGAUUGAAACGUCAUUUGAAUAUCGCAA